GUUUUCAUUUUAUAUCCAAGUAAUAAAAGACUAUUAGGUGAAAAUAGGUGAUACUUUGUUCCCCUAAAAAUAUUCGAAUGCAUUAGAAAUGAAGAUGACAGCUCUGAUCUUGGGGUGCUUUUCUUUCUUAGCUGAUAGUAACAACAUUUUGGGGCAUGAAUUAAUCCAUGAUUAAUGUAUUGGGUCAACGAUGAUCAACUUCGCAUUUUAUCCACAAAAAAGUAAUCAAAAGAUAACAACUGUGGAAGCUGCCAGAUGCCCCCACUGCUGUCUAUGGCGAUGAUGUAAGCUGAAAUUCUGGAGUUUCAUCCCUUAUGCUGAAGGAAGAAGAAUAUGACCUUGGAGAUCAACAGUAAUCCUCCAACAAUGAGCAAUGUCUCGAAAAAAUCAGAAAAACACAAAAAUCAGCACUCCAGGGAUGUCACGUUGGAUAGUGAAUUAUGGACAGAAGGCCUAAUCUGUGCUUUUGAAUUCGUCAGAAGCAAUAAUAAGAUUCCACUGUUGAAAUCUCGUUCGACCAAUAAUCCCUCGACCUCACAUUUUAGGAAGAAGAACAGCAGCAACCAUGUAUUUACCCUCCAAACAGAUUUAGACUAUUUAAACAUUGAUACUGCAGAUGGUAAUUUUCAUGCCCAGGAAAGAUCUUCCGGAAAUGUCUGGGUACCAAUUGGAUGGACGAGGAUUACGAAGCUUCUUACCACCGUGAAAUUUGACUCUGUUUGGGCCUCUCAGCCCAUUGAGAUGGACGAACAAGAUGAUAUUACAGUUGCGGAUGUUGCAGCUCCCUUUUGGGAACGUCCCGUGGGGCCCACUUGGUGGUGCCAUGUGGAUGCAAGUCACCCUUAUAUCAAUUCAUGGUUGAGCGAUGCUCGGUGGUUACAUCCUGCUAUCAGCGUGGCAUUGCUUGAUGAGAGUAAGCUGAUAAGUGAACGUAUGAAGCACCUACUUUAUGAGGUUCCUGUCAGAGUUGCUGGCGGGCUACUGUUUGAGCUGUUAGGGCAGUCAGUUGGCGAUCCUUAUGCGGAGGAAGAGGACAUCCCUGUUGUUAUACGGUCUUGGCAAGCACAAAACUUUUUGUUGACUGCACUGCAUGUUAAAGGUUCUUCAUCAAACAUUAAUGUGUUGGGUUGUUCAGAAGUUCAGGAACUGCUUGCAGCCGGAGGUAGUAAUAUGCCACGAACAAGUCAUGAGGUGAUAGCUCUCCUUGCCUCUCGCCUUGCCCGGUGGGAUGAUAGGAGAACUCAGGAGGACAUCCAUAUGUUCUGCAUAAUUCUGAACCAGGAAAUCAGAAGACUUUCAACGCAGGUAAUCAGAGUAAAAUGGUGUUUACACGCAAGGGAGGAGAUUGUAUUCGAACUUCUCCAACAUGUACGAGGUUUUGCAGCUAGGAAUUUGCUAGAAGGACUGAGAAAAAGCACACGACAAAUGAUUCAGGAACAAGAAGCUGUCCGUGCUCGCCUGUUCACGAUUCAAGAUGUCAUGCAGAGUACUGUCCGUGCAUAUUUGCAGGAUCAGAGCCUUCACGUGCAGCAUAACCUUGGAGUUUUCGGAGGCUGUGGCCUUGUUCUCUCUAUUAUUACCGGACUCUGGGGAAUAAACGUGGAUGGUAUACCAGGAUCUAAUAGAUCCCCUUACGCAUUCGCCUUAUUUACGGGUGCCCUCUUUUUGUUAGGAGCUGUGCUGAUAGCAAUUGGGUUGAUCUACUUGGGGCUCAAAAAGCCAUUAAUGGAGGAGAAGGCUGAGGUUAGAAAACUAGAGCUUCAAGAGCUUGUCAAGAUGUUUCAGCAGGAGGCCGAGUCUCAUGCCCAAGUCAGAAAAAUGGAUUCACAGUACGCAAAAGAUAUAUUUGGUGAUGGCGAGAACUUUGUUCUCAUCAACUGAAUUAAACUUCCCCUUGAAUGAGAGGCAGAGUUCAAAGGUGCGUCUAAUCAAGGUGCACUCUUAAUUUUUCUUCUUUUACAUAUUUUCACAGUAUUGUGUUACGUUGUUGUUUGUUAUGAUCAACUUCUCUUACUAAUUGGUCGACUCAAAAUUAAGAUUUGUUUUGUUUCUUUCUCAAGUUUUACGCGAUAGCUUGAUGAAACACGAAUCAGUUCAAAAUGCCUUGGAAUAAACUGAUUUUCCCAAUGCUUGUGGCACAUGAUUAUGAAAUUUGAUUCAAUAAUAUGUGAUUAUGC